AGUGCAGGAAAAGCUGACGUAAAACGUUCCUCGAGAUUCCCUUGUUUCCCUAAAACAAUUGAUUGUCAAGCUACACUUGUACCUCCUACCAAGGUUAUCAUGAUACGUGACUCGUAUACUAUCGUAUUGUGUCAACAGCUGAUGUGUCGAGCACAAACUUGUAAGUUUGAUAACAAGGCAAGGAGACAGGUAAAUACACCAGGUAGCACACAACAAAACCACCUUGAGAUGUCUAUGGCUACCAAUCAACCCCGAUUCGUGGAGCUUGGGACACGUGCUUUGAAGUUUCCCUCGCCUGAACUCCAGGAAUUGCAGGAUUCGAACCAUUUACUCGGAAAUACAAAGGCAUUGCGAGACAAGCUGCAAGAACAAGGGUACCUGUUUAUCCGAGGGUUUCACGACAGGGAAGAGGUUCUAAAAGCUCGGGAGGCAGUGAUACGCCAUGUGGUCUCGGAAGGCGAUGGAAAGAUUACGGAACCUGCAACAAAAGGAAUACUAGACUCCAGAUGUGGCAUCGGAUGCAUACCUUUCAUGGAGGGGCGAAAUGACAUCACACACGCUGAAGAAGUAAUUCGUGUCCUUGAGGGUCCAAGACCCAAGAAGUUUUUCAAAGAGUUGUUUGGAUCCGACGGCAUCACGUUUGACUACAAAUGGCUAAGGGGAAUCCACCGUCGCGGGUUUACCGGAGCGCACGUGGAUAACGUGUACAUGGGGCGUGGCAGCAAGAAUUUAGUGACAUUGUGGACACCGUUCGGUGACGUCACUGUUGAAAUGGGGACGCUUUGUAUGUGUGAGGGGUCACACAAGCUAGAAGGCUUUAAGCGGUUCCAGGAAACAUACGGAAGCUUAGACGCCGAAGCUGCCAAUCUAAAAGGGAGCGGGUGGUUUACACACGAUCCCGACGAGAUCAGCGCCAAGUUUGGUGGUCAGUGGAAAACAACAGAUUUCAAGGCUGGAGAUGUCAUAUUGUUUACCAUGAGAACUGUCCAUAUGUCGACCUCCAACUUGACAGAUUUCAUGCGGAUAAGCUGUGAUACGCGGUGGCAACCUGCCUGCGACAAUGUUGACAAGAGGUUCAUGGGCCAUUUUGCUGCUGAAAACGAGGUUCAGUAUGGUCUAUAUGCAGACAGUGACGUAGUGUCGGAUUCGGUUACCAUGGAAACAUUACGAAAUGAAUGGGGAAUAUAGCAGAAUAUAACAUUUGCUCCAUAUAUAAAAAAAGACAAUGUUUGGACUUGUGUUAAUUGUUUCAUACUUCAUACGCAUUUAAAAUUGUAUAAAUUUACCACCGGCCCAGUAAAGAAAUAUGAUGACUAGUAUGGAGUGUUGUUAGCGGUAACGGUUCACUGACAAAAUCACUUCUAUAUUGACCUUUGCAAUGACAAGCUUUCCUUUACAUACAUGCAUUAACAGCAAUAUUUGUUAUGGUCUGUGUAAAUUCAAGCUGUAAUAAGAAAUUAUCAUCAGGUAAUUAAAAUACAGACAUAAAACAA